AUGGGGAAGACUGGGCAGAGUACAGUGGACUUAAACUCUCCAACAGAGGUCAAACAAGCAGUCCCCUUUGAGGACUUGGAUCCUGUGGUGCCCGCUGCAGAUGAAAAUAAGAAAAAAGAAGAGCCACCUGACAGGGGAAGUUGGAAGGGAAAGUUUGAUUUUCUGCUGUCAUGUGUGGGAUAUGCCAUUGGCCUAGGAAAUGUCUGGAGGUUCCCUUAUCUGUGUGGCAAGAAUGGUGGAGGGGCCUUUCUGAUCCCAUACUUCUUGACCUUGGUGUUUGCUGGGAUACCUCUCUUCUUCCUGGAGACAUCUCUGGGACAGUUCACCUCAGUGGGAGGGCUGGGGGUGUGGAAGCUCAUCCCAAUGAUGAAAGGUGUUGGUUUAGCUGCGGUGGUCCUGUCCUUCUGGCUCAACAUCUACUAUAUUAUCAUCAUUGCCUGGGCAGUCUACUACUUAUUCAACUCCUUCGGUUCGGAGCUGCCUUGGCAAAGCUGUGAUAACCCCUGGAACACAGAGAAAUGUUUUUCCAACUUCAGUCUGACAGACACCACCAACCUGACCAGCGCUGUCACCGAGUUCUGGGAGCGUAACAUGCAUCAGCUAUCUAGUGGUCUGGAGGAACCAGGAGAGCUACGCUGGCCCUUAGUGGGCUCUCUGGCACUAGCCUGGAUCCUUGUCUAUUUCUCAAUCUGGAAAGGGGUGGAGUGGACAGGGAAGGUUGUGUACUUCUCAGCCACCUAUCCCUACUUCAUGCUGUUCAUCUUGUUCUUCCGUGGGAUCACUCUGCCUGGGGCCAUAGAUGGGAUUCGCUUCUACAUUACCCCAGACUUCCAAAAGCUCGCGCGGUCUGAGGUGUGGCUGGAUGCAGCAACUCAAAUAUUUUUUUCCUACGGACUGGGCCUCGGCUCGCUCAUCGCCCUGGGAAGCUACAACAGUUACAACAACGAUGUAUACAAGGAUUCCAUUAUAGUGUGCUGCAUCAACUCCUGCACCAGCAUGUUUGCUGGCUUUGUCAUCUUCUCAAUUGUAGGUUUCAUGUCCUAUAUCACUAAGAAACCUGUCCAGGAAUUAGCAGCAUCAGGUCCAGGUCUGGCGUUUUUGGCUUAUCCUCAAGCCGUCACCCAGCUGCCCAUGUCCUCUCUGUGGGCCAUCCUCUUCUUCUCCAUGCUGCUGAUGCUGGGCCUGGACAGUCAGUUCUGCACAGUUGAAGGCUUCAUCACAGCGCUGAUGGAUGAAUAUCCCCUGCUGCUGAGGAAGAGGAAGAAGGUGUUCAUCCUCAUUGUCUGCUUCAUCUCCUUCAUCAUCGGCUUCUCCAACAUCACACAGGGUGGUUUGUACGUGUUCAAGCUGUUUGAUUACUACUCCGCCAGUGGGAUGUGUCUUCUCUUCCUCGUCUUCUUCGAAACUGUUUCCAUAUCCUGGUUUUAUGGAGCUGAAAGGUUUUAUAAGAACAUUGAGGACAUGAUCGGCUAUAGGCCAUGUGGCUGGUGGAAGCUCUGCUGGAUGUUCUUCACUCCCAUGAUCUGCCUGGGGGUGUUUACCUUCAGUGCCAUUGAGAUGACCCCUCUGACCUUGGGGAAGUAUGUGUACCCGCUGUGGGGCCAAGUGAUCGGCUGGUUCAUGGCUUUGUCUUCCAUGAUACUGGUCCCGGGAUAUGUCAUCUACAUGUUCUGCACCACCAAGGGCAGCAUCAAACAGCGUUGGCGGAAGAUGACAACUUCCCAGGAGGAUGAAAAGCCAUCGGGGCAUGAAGAAUUUACACACACAGGGAGCGUGGGCGAUGCUCCUGUCUAGCCAUGAUUGUUCAGGUCGAAAUAAUCUGACUGCCAAUUUCCCCUGUCUGCCAGGGCUUACUGUGGUCAACAUUGAAAUUUGACAAUUGGACAGAUGGAAUCUUGUAAAGGAUUUCACCAUGUUGUCUUCCAUUUUAAAUUGUGCUGAAAAUUCUGGCUAGCAAAUGAAGAACAUGAAAUGUCCUAUUGCGAUAAAAGAGUGAGUUUUGACCACAAAUUGAAUGCUAUUGUAACAGCAGUGAACCUGUGUACAUAUACCACAUAUAUACCAUUAACGUAUGUCUUCAUCCUACUUGUAAAUUGUCUCUACUACUCAACAAAAUCACUCUUGUUUAUAAGCCACAAAUGUAAUAAAUGUUGUUGUACAGAGGAAUUAACAAGUCCGGUAAAACUUCAUUCUAAGCAUAAAACUGUAAAGCAUCAAAGAUUAUUUGCUAGUGGUAGCUUAAAGAACCAACCAACCAGCCACUGUGAUAUUUUUGUCCUGCAAUAAAUAUGUGGGCCAUGGAGUUAUAUUUAUUGUGUUUGCUGAUCCAGACCUACAAAAACAAAAAGAAAGCAUUUGUGACUGUAAUAUGAAUGUGAUGAAAGUUGUAUAGGCUAUUCACCAUAGACAGUUUGUCCAUUAACACAGCUUUGAGUUUUAAAUGAUG